UACAUCAGCGGAGAGAGAGAGAGAGAGAGAGAGAGCCAGAGGGGCUGGACUCUGAGCCAAAAUCCCUCCAACAAGUUACGCAGCAAUGACUACACGUCUGGGGCAAUCGCCGCAAGAGAGCAACACAUCAAGGGCCACCCGACUCCUUCAGGAAGACGAGAGGGCUCCACUUUCUCCUCGAGGGGAACAGCAACACGACUCACCUGAGGAGCUGAACGCCGCCACCUCGCAGCCAUGAGUUCUCAGGCGAGCUUCGGCAGCAGCAUGCUGUUCCAGAGUAUAAAUGACGAUCUGAGUGCGUCGCUGGCCCAAGCGGAUGAGUUAUCCAGAGAGUUCAACUCCAUGCUGAAGGAGGCCUCGCCCAGCAGCAACAACAACAACGCAGCGUCUCAGGCCAGGCCUGCUGCCUUCAUAGAGAAGCCUCAGUCCAUUGGCUCCAUCACUACGAGGGAGACGAGUAAUGGCAGCUCUAAGCCUCUCUCCACGAGCUCCACAGGUUUCCUCCCCAUAGACUCCGUCUUCACCGGAAACAACAAAGCCUCAUCGUUGCCCCCCCCUGGCUUCUCCAAUAGCUCACUCUCAUACCCGAAGAUCCAGAGGGAAUCACACUCUCCUCUCCCUCGAGCCGGACCUGACAGCUACUCGUACGAGCAGCAGAGCCCCAAACAUUCACCUCACACCCCGAGGCGCAAUACCCCCCCCAUGUACGACAGGAGCCCACAGGGCUCGGCGGCUUACGCCGAAAGAAGCCCCUCUCCGGUCCUCACGGCUCAGUCCUCUGACCAUACGUCUCGGUCGGCCCCGCUCCAACCCUCUUCCAACAUGCUGAGCCUUUACGACAGCAACCAGGGGGGCCGCAGGUCACCUCGCCCGGACAGUGCCCGCUCCCCUUUGUCCUUCAAUCCCCCCAUGUCCAGCACCAUGCCUCGGAAUUUUGCUGCUUUCAGGAAACCCGAGGAGGGUGUGCAGCAGCAAAAGAGCUCUGGCAAGUGGAAUGAGACAGAUUUGGACAUGUCCUUUGAGAAGAAACGGCACCACACCUAUGACAAGGCCGAGUGGCUGCGGCCGUCUGUGCCAAGCCAUCAAGGUUGGAGAGAAUCCAACCUUGAUGGCCCUCCGCCUGCGCCGAGCCCCAAAAAGGAUCCUCGAUCUCAAGCUCUCGUCUAUUCCCACACUUCCCUCCCCCGUAACACGCGCAUGAACGUGCCUCCCGAUGUUUCAUCCCCACUCUACUCCCCUUACCACCCUCAGCCCGUCAUCUCCCGCAUUUCCGUCCCCCCGAUUUCUACUCAGUCCCGUCAGGGCAGGCCCAUCCCCCUGUCCGUUAUCAUGCGUCUCCAAAACCCCCAAUGGGGAGUGAUGUCAAGACCCCAACCCAGAGUCCUUGGGAUGGAAGGCCACAUGGCACCGUACCCACCACCCGUACCCUUUCCAAGGGAGUUCUUCCUCCAACAUGUGCCCCAGCCAUUGCAACAGCCUCCUGAGCUGAGACAGCCGGCCGUGUACAGUGACGCGCUAAACUCCGGGGAUAUUGAAGCCGAAUUGGAGCGGCUGGAAUUUGUUCACAACUUGCCCGUUAUCUCGCAGAAUCCCGACAGGCCAAGUGGUAGCAGGGAGAGAGCGCCGCCAGCUCCCCGGCCCCUCAGCCCCACCCGACUGCAGCCAGUGGUGGCCCUCGAGGCCCAGGGGCAGGUGAUUCCUGAUCUGGAGGAGCUGCUCCGCAUGAGGGCGGAAAUCCCGCGGGCCCUGAAGAGACGUGGAUCUGUGGACCAGUCGCAGCCCCAGAAGAGGGCCUCCCACUAUCAGCCCAACCAGUACAAGAAUCUCAUCGACAAGCUCUUUCGCAGGAAGAAGGGGGAGAACGGUGGCGAGACAAGCAGCUCCUCGGAAGAAGAGGAAGCUGCUUUACCCCCUGCUCCUCUACCUGCAACCACAAUGCAUUCUGAUUUUAAAAGCUACCAUUCCAUCCUGCGGCGGUCCAAGCGGGAGCACAAAAAUUCUGGGAGGCGAGCUCGACUCAACCCGCUCAUUCUGCUGCUGGACGGAGCGCUGGUCGGGGAACUGGAGACAGUGCAGAAGGCCGUGCAGGAGAUGAACGACCCCAGCCAGCCCAACGAUGAGGGCAUCACUGCCCUUCACAACGGCAUCUGCGGCGGCCACUACAACGUGGUGGAUUUCCUGGUUCGCAUUGGAGCCAAUGUCAGCGCGCCAGACAGCCACGGCUGGACUCCGCUGCAUUGCUCUGCUUCUUGUAACGACCGUCCCCUGUGUGAGUUUUUGGUGAGGAACGGCGCCGCCGUCAUGGCCAUGACGGAGAGCGACGACGCCACAGCGUCCCAGAAGUGCGAUCCUUACGCUGUUGGGUUUGAGGAGUGCGAGAGCUUCCUGAAGGGUGUGGAGGCGGCCAUGGGGACGGAGAACAGCGGGGUGCUGUACGCCUUGUGGAGCUACCCGGCUCAGGCCGCCGACGAGCUGAGCUUCAAAGAGGGAGACAUGGUCACCAUCCUGCAGAAGCCCGAGGGGUCGGAUUGGUGGUGGGCCUCACUUUGUGGCAGGGAGGGCUUUGUUCCAAACAACUACUUUGGGCUUUUCCCAAAGGUUCGACCCAAGUCUCUCUGCUAAGUGGUCUCUUGCGGUCGGUCAAAGCGGUGCAGAAGACUGUGUCAAACACAAAACAUGACAGCUUCACACUAGUGUCUGACCUGUAAUUGGGUAAAGCCGGUGUAUCUGCAGAGCAUGGGAAAUGGUUUUGAUCUGUCAGUCACGUAGAGUUGAAGGAGUUUCUAGAAGACAUGAUUAAUGCCAGCUCUGCUAUAUAUAGUAUAUUUGAAUAAAUAAAUCUAUAUAUCUAUAUGUAUAUAUUUGUCUUGUUAAGUUAGACCUCUGUAGUGAGCUAAACUCUUCUGUCCAGCUGUGGCGGUUGAUCCAAAGGUCACAAGUUUCAUAUCUCCUGCUGUGUUCCGGUCAGACGCUGACAUUUGGGACUUGUUUGGCUGGUUGGGAAUCAGAAAGCAAACAUCAGCUUUUGUUUGUUCAGUGGAGCCGCUGUAUAGUGUCGACGAACCCGGCCACUGAUUUCUCAAUUUAGAAAAAAGGGCUGCAUCAGAGCAAAAUUGAUCUACUCCCACUGGAGCAGAGUAGUGUGCGCGCUAAACAAAUGACUUGUUUAUUUUUCCUACAAUGUUUUUCGUACAAUGUCCUCUGUACAGGGUGUUUGCAAAUAGUUUUAUCCGAGAGAUCCUAAUAAAAACCGCUCUGUGAUGUUUGUUUUUACCAAUGUGGCUGCAAUCAGCCGCAGCAGAAACUUAACAGCGUUUUUUUCUACUUGGCUCCAGCCCUUAGACACAAUGUAGAUAUGGCAUGCUGCCGAUAUGAACAAAACACAAAGAAAAAAUGGACCUUUUUGGUGGGUGGAUGUUGUAUACACAGUGAAUGUUUGGUGUUUUGUGUUUUUAUCAGUUUUCAGUUUUGAUGAUAGAGAAGGCCGUACACGUGACCUGUAACCCCUCUUAAGGGACACACUGUGACCAACUGUUUAAAUACUCAAUAAAUACAUGAGUCACUGGUUUUUGGUUUCCAGUGAAAUUGUCUGUUACAGUCGUGUGUUGGUGACUUGAGAUGAGAAAAAUGAAAUGUUUCCUACUGACCAGCAGAUGACACUGUACAAUCAAGUGUGAACUCAGCCUGUUAACAUGUUCAGUGCUUCCAACAAAUAAAAUAUAAUAUAUAGUAAAGAAGACACAUGUAUUCAGGCU